CCCUUGAAGACCAAGUUUCCUUUCCCCUAGAGCUACCGACAAAUAAGCCCACCUUUACAACCAGUAGCAUCUGAUGGCCCAGGUAGAAUUUGAAUUGGCAUGUGCAGCAGUUAAGCAGCUGACAGGCCCCGUGACUGACGAGGAGAAACUGGUAGUGUAUAGCUACUACAAGCAGGCCACCAUUGGGGACGUCAACAUCCCCUGCCCAGAAGUCACCGACUUCAAAGCCAAAGCCAAGUGGGAAGCUUGGAACUGCCGCAAAGGGAUGUCCAAGCUGGACGCCAUGAGGGUCUACGUGUCCAAAGUGGAAGAGCUAAAGAGCAGACAGUGUUAAAAGAGACCAGCCUUCCCAGGAGGGGAAGAAUCAACUUAAUCUUGUUAUGGAGGGCGACUGAAUUCCUUUGAGACCCUAGGAACAUAGCUAGGAACUAUAACUAAUAAAUCGCUUUAAAAGGCAAAUCCCAAA